AUGCUUGAAGAGGAUCCGACAACUAUUGAGAUUAAUGACGGAGAAUCUAUUGUGCUCUCUGAGGAAGAAGAUGACGACAGCCAAGCAGAGUCCGAUCCAUCAAAACUUGUUCAUGAGACUUUACUCUCGAAGAAUGCCAAGAAGAAAGAGAAAAAGAGAAAAGCAAUCGAUGAUGAACCACAAGAAGCUCGGGACCGUCGAAGCAUUUUCGUUGGUAAUCUGCCUAUCUCAUUGGUGAAGUCAAGACCUGGGCUGAAGGCCUUACAAAAGCAUCUCAUUGAACAGAGUCCCUACCCAUCUGCAACGCACAUCCAGUCUAUCCGAUUACGCUCCAUUCCUUUUUCAAAGCCGACAGAUGAUUAUGAAGCACCAACGGGCGACUAUAAGGAGAAAAAGCAGACUUUCUUGACUGGUUCUCAAAAGAGGAAAGUCGCUUUCAUCACACAGCAAUUAAACGAAAAGGCAGAUACUGUGAAUGCGUACAUCACCCUUUCCCCUUUGACGGAAAAGCGCCUAGCUACUCUUAAGGAACAGAAUGAUGACAGUGUUGUGGAAAAUCUGACAGCACCAGCUUUGGCUGCUUUGUUGGCUCGAUCUGCGCACGGCACAACAUUCGAAGGACGGCAUCUUCGUGUGGACAUUGUGACAGCCUUAUUGCCAUCAGAGCUAAUCCGAAGCGGUAGUAUUGAUCAGGAAAGUAGAAGGAGGACUGCGUUUGUUGGUAAUAUGGACUUCGAGACAAAGGAUGAAGAAGUUUUGACAUUCUUUAAUGCUUUGAUGAUUGAUGAACGUGGCCAACCUCCCGCUAUACCAAAGCUGGACUUUAGCCAAUGCACAAAGCUUCCUACACCUGAGAAGGCGUACGGAGAAUCUCGAGUGCUAGAGCAGCCUUCUUGGGUACAAGAUGUUCGUAUCAUUCGUGAUUCUGCAACACAGAUGGGCAAAGGUUUUGGAUAUGUCAAAUUUAUUGAUGCAGCAUGUGUGGAUGAAAUCAUGGCAAUG